UGAAUUCUCUGUUCCAAAAAGCCUCCUUUCCUUUUUAUGUAGUUCACGCCUUGAAAAAUCCCUCAGAAAAAGCUAACAAAUUAAAGACAAGAAAAAAGAAAAAGAAAAGAAAUAAAUAAUGUGAGCUAAAAAAGCUGAGCUGCUACUUUUAGAUGUUCGUUUGUUGGGUUCUGUAGGGAGGAAUUUUAGUUUCGAAGUUUUUUCUGUCUCUUUCUUCUCCUUUCUCUCUCUCUCUUAUUUACUUGGAUUUUAAAUGGGUCGGUUUGUGUCGUUGAGAAAAUUGAUUGAUAUUUUCUCUCUCUCCUCAAAAAUGUGAAUUUCGUCAACUUGUUUAGCUAUUCACACUCUUUUGUGGGUCUUUCAGAUAAGUGUUACCAUUCUUUCCUGCCCCCUAAAUACUCUGAAAAACCAACCCAAAAAAACCCAAAUACAAAAGAAAAGAAAACACUUGAUCUGUAUUAUAGUGGCAAUUAAUUAAUAUAUAUUUUAUUAUAGAGCAGAGAUUCGAUUGAUUCCGAAUUAUCUGAAUUCGGAGACAAGGUUUAUUGUUUUUGUUUAAUUAUUGAGGUGGUGAAGAAUUGGAGAAGAAAGGAAAAGAGGAGAUCAGAUGAGGGGCGGAUUGAGUGCGAUCCAGCAAACCCUAACGCCGGAAGCGGCGAGUGUUUUAAGCCAUUCGAUCGCGGAAGCAGGGCGGAGGAACCACGGACAAACAACCCCUUUACACGUGGCAGCCACUUUGUUGGCAUCGCCGACUGGGUUUCUCCGGCAAGCGUGCAUACGCUCACACCCGAAUUCUUCUCACCCACUACAGUGUAGAGCUUUGGAGCUUUGCUUUAGUGUAGCGUUAGAGCGGCUACCAACGGCCCAAAAUGGAGGUGGUGGUGGUGGUGGUGGUGGGUCUGGGCCUGAACCGCCUAUCUCGAAUGCUCUUAUGGCAGCGUUGAAGCGAGCCCAGGCUCAUCAGAGGAGGGGUUGUCCUGAGCAACAGCAGCAGCCUUUGUUGGCGGUCAAAGUUGAGCUGGAGCAGUUGAUUAUUUCUAUACUAGAUGAUCCUAGUGUUAGCCGUGUCAUGCGUGAGGCGUCCUUCUCCAGUCCUGCUGUUAAGGCUGCCAUUGAGCACCUCGUUAGCGCGCAGGCGCAGCCUCAGCCUCAGCCUCAGCCCAAUUCUGGUUUCCGCCCCGGACCCCCUCCUCCGAGGAACUUGUAUUUGAAUCCCAGAUUACAACAGCAGCAGCAGCAGCAGCUUCCCCUACACCAGCAAGGACCUAGAGUGGAUGAUGUAAAGAAGGUCAUUGAUAUUCUACUCAAGUCCAAAAAAAGAAACCCCAUUCUUGUAGGCGAAACCGGUCCCCAAGAGGUUGUCAAGGAAGUCCUUAGGAGAAUUGACAACGACGAAAUACACAACGGGGUAUUGAAAGGUAUCGAGGUCCUUACUGUGGAAAAGGAGCUUGGUUUAGAUCGGGCGCAAUUGCCUAACAAGCUUAAAGACUUGGGGGCUUUAAUUGACAAGAAAAUGUUGCUCAAUUGUAAAGGGGGGAAAGGCGUACUGCUUGAUUUGGGAGACUUGAAAUGGCUGGUUGAUCACCCGGCUAAUCAAGGGAUUUCGGAAGCCGCUCGAGGGGCCGUCACCGAGAUGGCCAACAUUUUGAGGAACUUUGGGGAAGGGAGUCAAAUUUGGUUUAUCGGGACAGCUACUUGUGAGACUUAUUUAAGAUGCCAAGUUUAUCAUACUUCAAUGGAGAAUCAAUGGGAUCUUCAGGUUGUUUCUAUUGUGGCUAGACCCCCUCUUACUGGGAUGUUGCCUAGGUUGGGAUCCAGUGGAGGAAUUUUGAGCAGCUCUGUCGAGUGCUUAAGCCCAAUGAAAGGCUUUCCGAUGCUUGCACCUUCUUUAACUAGACGGGUUUCUGAGAAUCUGGACCCGUCUCGAAGAUUUAGCUGCUGCCCACUGUGUACGGAGAAGUAUGAUCAGGAGCUAGCAAAGCUAGUUGCAGGGCAGACAGAGAAACAACUUUCUGAGGUUAAAUCGGAUGCUACUCGACAGUCAUUGCCCCCAUGGUUACAGAAUGCAAAAUUGAACUCUAAUGAUACCGUCCAGAGUAAGGAGCAAGAUAUGAUUUCGAGACAAAAAACACAAGAAUUGCAAAAGAAAUGGAGGGAGACAUGCUCGCAACUCCAUCCUAGUUUUCACAUCGGCUCUGAGAGAAUCGUUCCAUCACCCAUCUCAAUGACGGGAUUAUACAAUCCAACUCUACUUGGCCGCCAACCUUUUCAACCCAAAUUACAGCAACAACACAGAGACCUUGGGGAUGGUUUGCAACUCAACAUCACUUCUCCACUAUCCCCUCAAAUUAAUACAGAAAAUCUUACAAGCAAACCAGGGAGCCCGGUGAGGACUGACCUUGUUCUUGGCUCAACAAAGAACAUGGGUAUAGAACAAGAUAAUUCCCAAAAGGACAGCCUAAAAGACUUCCUCGGGUGCAUAUCAGCAGAACCCGCUGAGAAGCCUGUGACUGCUGUUCCAGAAGACAUAGACUCGUUCAAGAGGUUGCUCAAAGGUCUGAUAGCGAAGGUAUGGUGGCAGACAGAUGCAGCAUCUGCUGUAGCAGCUACCAUAACACAAUGUAAAUUGGGGAAUGGGAAACGGCGAGUUGGUGGAUCAAAGGGUGAAACAUGGAUGCUUUUCUCGGGUCCUGAUAGGACUGGAAAGAAGAAGAUGGCUGCUGCUCUAUCCGAGCUUGUUUGUGGUGUGGGUCCCAUUCUAAUAUCCCUUGGUUUAAGACGUGAUGGUGAUGAAUCAGAUUUGAAUUUUCGUGGUAAGACUGUGAUAGAUAGAAUUGUAGAUGCGGUUAGGAGAAAUCCGUUUUCGGUGAUAAUGCUGCAAGAUUUUGAUGAGGCCGAUAUGAUAGUCCGAGGGAGUAUCGAAAGGGCAAUGGAGAGGGGAAGGAUUUCUGAUUCCCAUGGCCGAGAAAUCAGUCUCGGUAAUGUCAUUUUCAUUGUUACAUCAAGUUGGGUACCAGAUAAACUGAGGAACUUAUCUGAUGGUGUGGUUGCACUUAAUGAAGAAAAGAUGGCCUCCUUAGCUAGUGGUGGUUGGCAGUUGAGAUUAUCAAUAGGUGAAAAGGCCACCACUACAGGAAAAAGGUCCCCCAGUUGGCUGAAUGAUACGGAAAGGGCAACAAAGCAAAGAAAGGAGAUAGUGGGACCGGGACUUUCUUUCGAUCUCAAUCAGAUGGCUGACAUAGAUGAUCGACUCGACGGGUCCCACAACUCGAGCGAUCUUACAGUUGAUCACGAAGAGGAGCAUGGACAUGAAAACAGAGGAUCCCCUACAACCUCAUCAGCGGCACCGAACGAGCUGCUGAAAUCUGUAGAUGUGGCUAUUCUCUUCAAGGUGGUUGACUUCAAGCUAAUCAGGCAAAACACUGAGAGGUCUAUAUUAGCAAAAUUCUCAUCUAUUAUUGGAGAUGUGUUGUCAGUCAAGAUUGAGGGUGAAGCCCUAGAGAAGAUCUUAAGUGGGAUUUGGUUAGGACAAACCACAUUAGAAGCUUGGAUAGAGAAGGCCUUAGUACCAAGCAUUAGCCAACUCAAAACAAGGUUGUCAUCGUUGUCUUCUCGGCCUUCCGAGGGCAAAAUGGUUGCUCGGCUUGAGCUAGAUCAAGAAUUAGAGAGCCGGAAUCAUGGUGAUUGGCUACCGGGGAGAAUCUCAGUGGUAGCGGAUGCAUAGUAAAAGUUAUGUGGGUUAUGGGUGUAUGUAGGAGAGAUGUAUAUAUACUUGAAAAGUUAGACUUUUAGCGGGAUAUUGUGGCAUUGUUUGGGUAUGUAGGAGAAAUACAGUUGAGGGAAGACCAUUACAGGGAUACUAUAGAUGGUCACAAGAUAAUCUUUAGUGCUAAAGUAAUAUGGUCUCUCUUCUUAUUA